ACAGCCAAUGAAAUGGAUCAGUAAGGAGCUCCACAGCCACUGGCGGAAGUAAUGCUGUAGCUUGUGUUAACGUGUUGAAGCUAUAGUCUCCGCCAGCUGGACGUGAACGGUACAAGCAUCAUGUGGCCAUUGGUGUGGAUGAGCAUGCGGACCUACGCCCCCUACGUCACCUUCCCUGUCGCCCUCGUGGUGGGCGCCGUGGGAUACCAGCUGGAGUGGUUUAUCCGGGGGACGCCCAAGCCCCGGGAGCAGAAGAGCAUCCUCGAGCUGAGGGAGGAGAGGAAGCUGGAGGAGCAGGAGGGCACGGACGGCACCCAGGUCCUGAGCCUCAAAGACAAGCUGGAAUUUGCACCGAGAGCGGCCUUGAACAGGAACCGGCCCCAGGAGAGCUAGGCCCCUGUAUCAAGGGCUAGGGACUGAUCUGGGGCCGUCGGGCUGGACUAAGGCACUAUGACUGGCUACCUCCUCGGAGAGAUGGAAGCAAAUGAGCCAAAUUACAAGUCACUUCCCAUGCACGCCCUAAGUCAACCCCAAGUCCACCAUGAGCAUUAGCAUGGCCCUGACAUCGCUGUAAUGGUGACCUUGUUGACAAGGUAAAACGAGAGGAUCUGUGUUUAUUUUAAUUACCCCCUCCCCCCAGACUCUUACUUGUUUACCCCGCCAAACUAUAACCGCCGUAAUCACAUUCACAGCACAACUCUAUUAAGCUGGAAAUGACAUUGUUUUCCCUCCAGGCAUUCGAACUUGUGACUCGUUGUCAUGUUUUCAUUAAAUGGCGUGUUGAUUUGCCCCUUCUGAUUACACCACAAGACUGCAAGGAAGGUUUCUGGCUAUCUGUCUUGUCCUCUGUGAUCUGUGCUGGGUUUUAGGAAAGUAUUGUGGGAUGGGGAAUAUUUGGAGCCAUGUGUAAAAUCGAAUUGGUUUGGGCUAUUAGUCUCUUUCAUGUUGGGAUACAAGGUUAACCAAAGUCUGUUUCCAUUUGGUUCCUUUGGGCCGGUAUUCAUGCAUAACUUUGUUAGGCUUUCAUUUUAGAAAGUCUGGACGGAUUGUACUGACAAUGGGUUCAAAUAAUUAGCUAUUUAAAUCUACACAAAUAUAGUAUAUUUAAUCUGAGCUUUUAGCAAUGCUUUGUCACAAUCAUUCAUGUAAUAAAGUAAAUGACGACCGGAA